CAAGUGCGUCAUUCGGUAAUUUCCCUCUCGCAACUUAUAGCGCGGUAGCUGAUUUCAGUAGCUAUCAUGAGGACUCUUGGAGUGUGUUUGUGAGCCAGUUGUGCCAUAUAUAAAUUGCUGCUGCCUUUAUAACUCAUAUAAAAAUCGUAUCUUCUGCACGUUAAAGGCUGCUCUCCUUCAAAAUGAGCGACGAUCCCGAUGCCAUUCCCGAAAGGGAAAUGAAGGACUUUCAGUUUCGACAGAUGAAGAAGAUCCGCGUAUUUGACUCUCCCGAUGAUCUGCCGAAGGAGAGGUCCAGUUUGCUGGCCAUCUCCAACAAGUUCGGACUGACUUUCGUGGGACAGGACACCACGCUAAGGGUGUUUCACACCCGUGAUAUCAUAGCCGCUAACAAGAUUGAAGGCCCCAACGACGAAAUAGUGGAGGGUGUGAAGUCCCUGAGCGUUUCCGUGGACCUGCCCAUACACCACCUGGCCCUGAGCUGCGAUGACCUCACGCUGUCCGUCUGCGGGACGUCCCGCGAUGAGCGCCUCCUGCUGGCCUUCUUCGACAUACGCACCUUCCUCAACAAGGCCCGGCAGGAGAAGCGGCCCUUCGCGUCGCUCUGGCUGUCCCAGGACGCGGGCGCAGCGGUGCAGGACCUGAAGUGGAACCCGGGGCAGGCCUCCGUCCUGGCCGCCUGCCUGUCUGACGGCAGCAUGCUGGUGCUGGAGGUGACGGACAGCGCCACCGUGCAGGCCCAGCUGCCUGCGUCUGCGGGGAUAACCUGCGUGUGCUGGAGUCCAAAGGGUAAACAGGUUGCUGCAGGAAAGCAGAAUGCCACCGUCAUCCAAUAUACUCCUGCCCUGCAGGAAAAGAAAGUCAUUCCCUGCCCUCCGUUCUACACCUCCGACAACUCCGUCAAAGUGCUGGACGUGUUGUGGCUCAGUACCUUUGCCUUCGCCGUUGUCUACGCGGCAGGCGACGGCUCCCCAGAAACGCCCCCUGAACUGGUGGUGGUGUCACUUCCUAAGAAGGACGAGAAGCGGCCCGAGAUGUUCCUGAACUUUAAUGACCCCGUGUACGGCAACAACAUCGAGAGACAGCUCCACUACUUCCUCACUCACAUAGAAGACUGGGACCUUGUUCUAGCGGCUUCCGCGGCUUCUAUUGAGGUCAGCAUCAUCGCCAAGCAGGAGGACAAGACGAACUGGGAACUGUGGAUCCUGGAGGACGCCAGCCGGGCGGAACUGCCCGUCACCUUGAACAACGACGACACGCUGCCACUAGGGGUCGCUGUGGACUUCACCUGCCAGGAGGAGAUCUACAUCUCGGACGAGAAGACGUUGCCCCCGGCGCCCACCCUGAUGCUGCUGUCCACCGAUGGCGUCCUGUGCCCCUUCUCCCUCCUCAACACCAACCCGGGCGCCAAGCAGCUGUCCGCCGCGCCGGUCGGCCUGGCCCUGGAGGGCGAGAGGCUGCCCUCUGCUGGGUCUGUUGCGGCUCCGCCCCCUGCGGCUGCUGUGGGCGUGGCCUCAGCUGUACGGCCGCCGCCCACCAGCACCCCGACGCCCGCCCCAGCGGCUCCGGCCGCAGCCGCCCCUGCCCCCGCCCCCGCCCCCGCCCCCGCCGCCGCCGCCUCUUUGGGCUUCUCUUUCAAUGCCCCGCCCGCCGCCGCCUCCGGCCCCGGGGCCCCCGCCGGGCUCUCCCUGGGGUCCGCCGGGUUCUCCUUCUCCCCCGCCCCGGCCGCCAAACCCGCCGCGGAACCCCCCGCCGCCUCGGCCUUCUCCUUCAGCGCCCCGCCCGCCAAGCCCGCCGCGGAGAGCACGGCCGCCCCUAGCCCCGCCCCCGGCCUCGCCCCCCAGCGCCUCGCCGCCGCCUCCCCCGUCACCGUCUUGAAGGCCCCCGCCGAGCCGGCCACGCCCGCCGUGAAGGUCAACCUGAAUGACAGGUUUUCGGCGGCAGAGACGCCAGCGGUCCCGCCGCUCCAGCAGUUCUCCUUCGCCGCCGCCGCCACCUCCACGCCCAAACCCGCCUUCCCCGCCCCCAGCGGCCAGUCCACCCCUCUGCCCAGCACCAGCAAGCCCGCCUCCGCUCCAGGUCAGAGUCUGAGCUUACCUGCUGCAGCUCGAACUGCGCAGUCCAGCUCCGCCCCCUCAGCUGUGAGGACGGCCCCGCCCACUCAGGCUCCCGCCGGUACCCCUGCAAGCCAGGCAGCGCUGUCAAUCAAGGCUCUGGAGAGGCAGCUGCAGCAGAGGAAGGAAGUAGAUCCCGUCAUGGUCGGCAUCUUGGAGGAAAUCGCCCACUUCCAGAAGGAGCUGGACGACCUGAAGGCGCGCAGCGACAAGGCCGACUUCAGGGUGGGGACGAGCGAGGAGAUGCAGGGGCUCCGGACGGCGUCCGACGACCUGCACGGCUUCGCCCUGGAGAUCAAGGAGACCACGGAGUCUCUCCAUGGAGAUAUCAGCUCUCUGAAGACCACCCUGCUGGAGGGCUUUGCCGGUGCAGAAGAUGCUAAAUCGCAGAGCGAGCUGAACAAAGAUCGGGGAUACCUGCAGCUUCUGUAUAAGAAACCCCUGGACCCCCGCAGUGAGGACCAGCUCAAGGAGAUCCGCCGGCUGUACCAGUACGUGAAGUUCGCGGUGGAGGACGUCAACGACGUGCUGGACUUGGAGUGGGAGAAACAUCUGGAGAAAAAGAAGAAGCAGAGGCACCUGAUAGUGCCGGAGCGGGAGGCCCUGUUCACGGCCCUGUCCAAUCACCUGGACAUCAUCCGCCAGCAGGAGCACAAGCUGGAGGUGCUGGUGAAGAUGCUCCAGUCCAUGCGUCUCUACGGCUCCGCCUCCUCCUGGGCCACGCCCACCCGCCCGUCGCCCACGCCCGCGCCAACGCCCACGCAGCAGGGUUUGGACAGUGAACUGGAGACCCUGAGAGAAGCCUUACUGAAAGCCAGCCUUGAGAGCGCGGCCAAGACCCCGUCCAAAUCUCCAGCCAAGAUGUCUCCCAGCAAGCAGUCUCAGCUGAGGAACUUCCUGUCCAAGAGACAGACCCCUCCGGUCCGCUCCACUGCCCCAGCGAACCUGUCCAGGUCGGCCUUCCUGUCGCCCACGUACUACGAGGACCUGGACGACGUCAGCUCCGCCUCCUCCCUGUCGCAGGCCCUCGACGGCGAAGGCGUGGUCCUGGCGGAGCAGGAGGUGGGGGGGGAGGAUGUGGGGGAGGAGGAGCCGGCCCCGCCCCCCGUCCCCGCCCUGGCCGUGCCGCGACACCCCGCCGUCGUCCGCACCUCCUCCGUCCAGCCCGGAUUCGGGGUGCCCUCCGCCCUCUUCAGCAAAGUGGGCCCCGGCCUGGGGCCCGCCGUCUCCCCCGUUCUGGGCGGUAAGAUCAGCGUCUCCGGGGCGGACAGCACGGCCUUCGCCACGAAGACGGUGAAGCACGGCGCCCCCCCCGCCGAGCGGGCCCCGCCCGCCACCGUGUCCGCGCAGCAGGCCGCGGCCACCGCCGCCCUCCGCAGGCAGAUGGCCAAUCAGAAGCCAGGUCCGGCGGUCAGCGCCUCCUUGACCGAGUCCACCCUGAAGACCGUGCCCCAGGUGGUGAACGUGCAGGAGCUGAAGGAGAAGGCCCCCCCCAUGCCUGUUUCCACGGUGAACAGCUCUUCGUCCCCCGUGCCCGCCAGUCAAAGUCUGCCGACCAAUCAGGCCAAGCGGAAUUCCACGCAGAGCGCCGUGAAGGUUGCCGCGCCGACCGGCGAGAGCUCCGCCUCCCCGCAGCCCGGCUUCAUGUUCGGUGCAGUCACCUCCAGCUCCGCCCCCUCCCUCCCGGAGCAGACCAGCAAGGCUUUCUCCUUUUCCGCCGCGCCCGCCGGGAGCUUCUCCUUCGCCUCCCUGACCGCCUCGUCCGCCUCCGCCUCCCAGGGGGGCGUGGCCUCGCAAGGCAAAGACGUCGGCCAGCCGAGCAAGUUCUCCUUCGGCAGCGGCGGGGGUGCCAAGAUGGUGUUCGGGGCGCCGGGGGAAACCCCCUUCGCCUUCAACCCGAAAUCGGCGUCCCCCGUGCUGGGGCGGACCAGCACGCCCACGCCCCCGCCCCUGGGCCCGGGCGCGGCCCUGCGGCCGGUGGGCAGCGGGGAGACGCUGGGCAGCUUCUCGGGGCUCCGCGUGGGGCAGGGCGAAGAGGAGCGGCCCCGCCCCGCCAGCGCCGGUUUCGGCUUCGGGCCGCCCGACAACGGGCCGGGGGCGGGGCCGGCCGAGUUCGGCUUCGGCGGGGCCUUCCAGCAGGGGAGGCCGGCCGAGCCCGCCCCGCCCGGGGACGGCGACCCCCCCCCCGAGCCUGCCCAAUUCUUCAGGCCGCCGGCAUCUGUCCCGCCGCCUAGCGCCUCCCCCGUCCUGUCCUUCAGCAGCCUGCUGGCGGCCCCGCUCUCCACCUCCGCCACCCCCCCGCCCCCCGCCGCCUCCCCGGCCCCCGCGCCCAGCGAGGACCCCACGCCCCCCCCAGCGGCCUCCGCAGAACCUCCUCCUGCCGCCGAGACUCCGCCCCCUGCCCCGCCCAGCGCCCAGAGCCCCGCCCCUCCCGCCGAGACUCCUCCCCCCGCGGAGGAGAGCGCCCCGGCGUCGGCCCCCCCGCCAGCCGUCGCCACAGAGGCCCCCGCCGCUGCCGCUGCAGCCGACGCCCCCGAAAAGCCUCCCACCCCCCCAACGGCCCCCGCCCCCGAACCCGCCGCCGCGCCUGAGCCCCCCGUAUCCACGGCGACGGAGGCAGCGACGGCCGGCGAGGCGGCACCUCCGCCCCAGCCGGGCUCCAUCUUCACCCAGCCGGCGCCGGUCGCCACGGACACCACGCUGGGGAUCACCGCCCUCACCACGGUCAUCACCACGGUCGCCUCUGGCUCCGCCCCCACCCAGGAAGCCGCCAGCACCGUUGUCACCACGGCGACCGUGUUCGGAGAGCCCGCCCCCGCCCCCGCCGCCGCCAGCGCCGCGCCCUCCGGGUUCGGGUCCGCCGGGUUCGGGGGGGCGUCGCCGGCCGCCGGUUUCGCCACGCCCGCGUUCGGCCAGCCCGGAGGGUUCGGCCAGCCCGCCCCCACCGGGGCCGGCUCCUUCAGCUUCAGCCAGUCGGCCUUCGGGUCCGCCCCCGGGUUCGGGCAGCCGGCCCCUCCCCCUGCCGCCGCCGCUGCUGCCGCCGCCCCACCGCCGUCCAGCAGCGCGGGGGGGCUGUUCGGCUCGUCCGGCGCCCCGUCCGCCAGCUCCUUCUCCUUCGGUCACAUGACCACCAGCGCCGGCGGCAGCGCCACCGACGGCAGCGGCGGCGCCGGGCUCUUCGGCCAGGGCGCCACGCCCGCCUUCGGCCAGCAGAGCUCCGCCUUCGGACAGAGCUCCGUGUUCGGCGGGAACACCACCACCACCUCCUCCAGCGGCUUCAGCUUCGGACAGCCCGCGGCCUUCGGGAGCACCUCCACCCCAUCCGUGUUUGGGCAGCAGGGCACCACCAGCACAGUCUUCGGACAGGCUGGCUCUGGCGGGGCGCUGUUCGGCUCGGGGCCGAGCGGCGCGGCGGGGGGCUCUGCGGGGGCGGGCGGCGGCUUCUUCAGCGGCCUCGGCGGGAAGCCCAGCGAGGACGCGGCCAAUAAGAACCCGUUUGGGUCCACGACCUCCGGCGGCUUCGGACAAGCCAACCAGACCGGGUCCAGCAGCCUGUUUGGGAACAGCGGCGCCAAGGCCUUCGGGUUCGGGGCCGGGCCCGGGACCGCGCCGCCCUCCUUCGGGGAGCCGAAGCCCAGCGGCACCUUCAGCACCGGGGUGGGGAGCGUGGCCGCACAGGGGUUCGGCUCCUUCACCAGCCCGGCCAAAACAGGUGGUUUCGGCAGCGCCCCCGUGUUCGGGAGCCCCCCCGCCUUCGGGGGCUCGCCGUCGUUCGGGGGGGCGUCGGCGUUCGGGGCGGCGCCCUCCUUCAGCACCCCCCUGGCGCCCGCGCCCGCGAAGGUCUUCGGUGAGGGCACGGCGGCCGCCAACGUGGGAGGAUUCGGGUUCGCCUCUGCUUCCAACGCCCCGACCUUCGGCAGCCUGGCCAAUCAGAGCGCCCCGUCGUUCGGCGGCCUGGCCAAUCAGAACGCGCCGUCUUUCGGGAGCCUGGCCCAGCAGGGCCCCGGGUUCGGCAGCCAGGGCAGCGGCUUCCCCGGGUUCGGGUCCCCGGCAGCUUUCCCUGGCGGCGGCUUUGGGUCCACAAAUCAACAAAAUCCCAGAUGGCCAGGACUGCAGUAGGAUACCACGUGCUUUUUGCUUUUGUGUUUUUUUAUUUUUUUGUGGGGGAGAUUUUGUGCAUGUCCAUCCUUUUGAGAUGUACAUCAGCCAAGAAAAACAUUUUUUUUGUUUGUGUGUAUUUAAACAAUGUAUUUGUAUUUGACUCCAGGAGUAGAAACGAUCGAAAUAAAAGCUUUUGUUGACGAAA